AUGACGCUCGCAAAGCCUUACAUAGUCUUCGGGUACGGCUCCCUCAUCUUCAAGCCUCCGCCGCACACCGUCGCUCAAACGCCGGGGUACCUGAAAGGCUAUGUGCGUCGCUUUGCCCAGAAGUCGCAUGAUCAUCGCGGGACGCCCGAGAAUCCUGGGAGAGCCGUGACGCUCGUCCAUCAAGCAGACUGGGAAGCGUUCUCUGGGUCGGAUCCCUUUCCUCAUGAGGAUGUCGUGUGGGGUAUCGCAUAUACCGUAGAUCCUGCACACGCAGCAGAAGUUAGAGACUACCUCGACUAUCGCGAAAAGGAUGGUUACACGCUGGAAGAAGUGGACCUGUACGGAAUAGAGAACGGCCAGGAGAAAGUGAUCAUACCCAAUGCCGUCUGCUACGUCGGCCGGAAUGACAACCCCUCGUUCAUCGGCUCGGAAUCGCUGGAUCAGCUGGCUGAGAUCAUUUGGCGCUCUGUUGGUCCCUCUGGGCGGAACAAGGAUUACCUCUACGAACUCGCCAAAGCGGUGCACAAGCUCUCGCCAGAGUCGCACGACUCUCAUCUUUACGCGCUUGAGACACGGGUGCGAGAGCUAGACAAGGCGCGCGACCGAGACAAUGAAUAA